AUGGAGAGAGGAGCGACAAAGAAGAAAUCACCACCUCUCUCUUUGGAGCAAUUCAUCUCUAUCACUGCCCCUCUUCUCGAUUUGGAAAAGGAGGCUGAGAUAUCAAGUUCAAUCGCCACUGGUGCGUCCAGAAAUUUGGAUACUGCUCAAAAGAGAGGAUCAACAAUCCUCAAUUUGAAGUGUGUCGAUGUUCAGACAGGGCUUAUGGGAAAGUCUCUGAUCGAGCUCCAAUCUACAAAAACAGACGUUCUUCCUGCACACAAGUUUGGUACUCAUGAUGUUGUUGUUUUAAAACUCAACAAGGCUGAUUUAGGUUCUCCCGCCCUUGGGCAAGGUGUAGUUUACAGAUUGAAGGACUCAUCAAUUACUGUUGCUUUUGAUGAUAUACCAGAAGAUGGCUUAAACAGUCCCCUAAGGCUGGAAAAAGUCGCAAAUGAGGUGACAUAUCACAGGAUGAAAGAUGCAUUAGUACAGUUGAGUAAAGGUGUGCAUAAGGGUCCUGCUUCUGAUCUAAUCCCUGUCUUGUUUGGGGAGAGGCAACCAACAGUGUCCAAGAAGGAUGUAUCCUUCACAUCCGUUAAUAGAAAUCUUGAUCAUUCUCAGAAAGAUGCAAUUUCAAAAGCCCUAUCCUCGAAGAAUGUUUUUUUGCUACACGGACCUCCUGGAACGGGAAAAACCACAACAGUUGUGGAAAUUAUAUUACAAGAAGUAAAACGUGGAUCUAAGAUUCUCGUUUGUGCUGCCUCAAAUAUUGCUGUUGACAACAUCGUUGAGCGGCUAGUUCCACACAGAGUUAAGCUGGUGAGGAUUGGUCAUCCUGCACGUUUAUUGCCCCAAAUACUGGACAGUGCACUGGAUGCUCAGGUACUGCGAGGAGAUAAUAGUGGCCUUGCAAAUGACAUUCGGAAAGAAAUGAAGGUAUUGAAUGGAAAGCUGUUAAAAACCAAAGAAAAAAAUACAAGGAGGGAAAUACAGAAGGAACUUAGGACUCUAUCGAGAGAAGAGCGGAAAAGGCAGCAGCUUGCUGUUACAGACGUAAUUAAAACUGCAGAUGUAAUAUUAACUACCCUGAUUGGGGCUUUCACUAAGAAACUUGAGCGCACUUCAUUUGAUUUGGUGAUUAUCGACGAAGCUGCUCAAGCGCUUGAGAUAGCAUGUUGGAUACCCCUGCUAAAGGGUACAAGAUGUAUACUUGCUGGAGAUCAUCUUCAACUUCCUCCAACCAUUCAAAGUGUUGAAGCUGAGAAGAAGGGCUUAGGAAGAACCCUCUUCGAACGACUUGCAGAACUGUAUGGAGAGGAAGUCACAUCUAUGCUCACCGUCCAGUAUCGUAUGCAUCAACUUAUCAUGGAUUGGUCUUCUAAAGAGCUUUACAACAGUAAGGUUAAGGCUCAUCCAAGUGUUGCUGCACAUACGCUAUAUGAUCUUGAGAAUGUGAAGAGGACAUCUUCAACUGAACCAACCAUUCUUCUCAUAGACACAACUGGAUGUGAUAUGGAAGAAAAGAAAGAUGAAGAAGACAGCACCCUUAAUGAAGGAGAAUCUGAAGUUGCUAUAGCUCAUGCAAAGCGAUUAGUGCAAAGCGGGGUGCUUCCUUCUGAUAUUGGAAUCAUUACCCCAUAUGCUGCUCAGGUUGUUUUACUCAAGAUGUUGAAGAACAAGGAGAACUCGCUGAAGGAUAUUGAAAUCUCAACAGUUGAUGGUUUCCAGGGAAGGGAGAAGGAAGCCAUUAUUAUAUCAAUGGUUCGAUCAAAUUCAAAAAAAGAGGUGGGUUUUCUGAGUGAUCGCAGGCGAAUGAAUGUGGCCGUGACACGAGCAAGAAGACAAUGCUGUAUUGUCUGUGACACUGAGACAGUCAAGUGCAUCCGAGUACCAGAAUUAGUAGGCGAAAUUCCCCAAGGAGGUUGA